UUUCUUUCUCGCCUUUCUUACCUUCCCUCAUUUCAUACGCCCAGAUUCCUUCAAAACCCUACCCCGACCCCUACUCCCCAAAUUCUCGUCAUUGUAGAAAGAUCAAAUUCAUGGCGUCAUUCAGUGAAGCCCCGCCCGGCGAUGUUAAAUCCGGUGAGAAGAUCUUCAAGACCAAGUGUGCACAGUGCCACACCGUCGAUAAAGGCGCCGGCCACAAGCAAGGUCCCAACUUGAAUGGCCUUUUCGGGAGACAAUCUGGUACUACCCCUGGUUAUUCCUAUUCAGCUGCCAACAAGAACAUGGCUGUGAUCUGGGGAGAGAAUACACUUUAUGAUUACUUGCUUAAUCCGAAGAAGUACAUACCUGGAACCAAGAUGGUCUUCCCUGGGCUGAAGAAACCUCAAGAGCGUGCAGAUCUAAUUGCAUAUCUGAAGGAGGCUACUGCAUAAAGAGAAGAGACGAUAUAAGCAUUUUCUGACAGCUGCAAGAUACAUUUGUUAUUGCCCCCAUUUGGGAAUUUCUUUUCCUAGUGAAAAUAGUUCAGUGGUACCCCAAUGAAUAAGAGAAUCAUAUUUCUGUCCUACUUUUUUUUUUUUGUCUUAUUGACCCACGCAAGUAGUGGGGAAUUUUGUUGCCUUUGAUGACUCUGAUUAUUGUUACACAACACAAUUGAGUAUUUGUCACUAGAAAUCAAUAAAUUGCUAUUAGUGAGGGGUGCUUAAUUUGUAAGCGUUCCAUUUUCGGUUGUCUAAGGCAAGAUUUUGGGUGGUUA